CCAUAGCUAUCAAUCGGCCAUUUUUGUGGUGAAAACGCGUUUCGUUUGAUUGCAGACACUCUUUGUCUUCGCGACGCUUCCGAUCAGAUCCUAUCGUAACUGACAUUCAGUCCUAUUACUGAUCACUCAUUAUAACCACUCAUUCGCUCGGUUGACACUCACUUCUUGACGCUUUUGUCACUAAAUCAGAUCCAAACGACAACACAUACGACUCAAAGAUGGGAGACACAGAUCAAGACCUUUUGGACUACGAGGAGGAUGACAACGAGACCCAGACUGCGGGCGACGCCAUCAACACCGCCGUCGCCGUCGAGGCCAAGAAGGGUGGAUAUGUGUCCAUACAUUCCUCGGGUUUUCGCGAUUUCCUACUCAAACCGGAGCUGUUGCGGGCGAUCAUUGACUGCGGUUUCGAGCAUCCGAGUGAAGUACAGCACGAGUGCAUACCUCAGGCCAUACUAGGAAUGGAUAUCUUAUGUCAGGCGAAGUCCGGUAUGGGAAAGACGGCUGUGUUCGUGUUGGCCACUCUGCAGCAGUUGGACCCCGUGGAGGGACAGGUGUCGGUGCUGGUCAUGUGCCACACCCGAGAGCUGGCCUUUCAGAUCAGCAAAGAGUACGAGCGUUUCUCGAAGUACAUGUCGACCAUCCGGGUGUCCGUCUUCUUCGGCGGCAUGAAUAUCACGAACGACGAGAAGGUGUUGCGGACACAACCGCCCCAUAUAGUGGUGGGAACGCCGGGACGCAUACUGGCGCUCGUCAGGGGCAAGAAGCUCAACCUCAAACACAUUAAGCACUUCAUUCUCGACGAGUGCGACAAAAUGCUGGAGCAGUUAGAUAUGCGUCGAGACGUUCAGGAGAUAUUCAAAGCGACACCGCAUGAGAAGCAAGUGAUGAUGUUUAGCGCCACCCUCUCGAAGGACAUCCGCCCGGUGUGCAAGAAGUUCAUGCAAGACGUAAGCAUUGAUUCGACACUCCCUACCGCUCUGGACACUACUGUCCGCCAGUUGUGCCGCCUCUCUGUUGGCGGCGAUCAUACGUCCGAUCGAAGAGCCGAUCGCUUUGUCUUAAUGUCUAUGACGUGA